AUGAUGUGCUCUUCACUAAAGGUCCGCCAGACUCAAGCCACCGCCGAAGUCACCACAGAAGUUAUCGUCAUCUCCAUCAUCAACAAUGUGACUGUAACACAGACGGACCGGAUUACAACAACACAGACAGUGUUGAGCCAAACCGGGGACGUUACCUCAACAUCUGGUUUCUCCAAUCUCACCAGCACCAUCGCCAGUACGGGGACUGGAGCAAUACAUCCCAAUGCGACCGCGACACUUUUGCCGGUGCUGGGGCAGGCUACUACGAUUCGCAAGCAAUACGUAUGGCACGUGAAGAUACCUCUACUCGCAGCAGCCUACGCUUUGCUUGGAUAA